AUGACCCAGACGGCCGCGGGCUCUCGAUCACGUGUAGAGGACGCUUCGCCUCGUAUCAUGGAGAACCCGUCUGAUCUUAUCGUGUCUAAAGGCGAACCAGCCACUUUAAACUGCAAGGCUGAGGGUCGUCCUACACCAACUGUGGAGUGGUAUAAAGAUGGAGAGCACGUGGAGACGGCCAAAGACGAUCCACGUUCGCAUCGGAUGCUGCUGCCUAGCGGCUCGCUUUUCUUCCUGCGUAUCGUACACGGCCGUCGCAGCAAGCCGGAUGAGGGCGUGUACACCUGUGUUGCUCGGAACUACCUUGGAGAGGCAGUGAGUCGCAAUGCCUCGCUGGAAGUGGCCACUCUGAGGGACGAUUUCCGUCAGGCCCCGAGCGAUGUGGUUGUUGCUGCCGGAGAACCCGCCGUGCUGGAGUGCGUCCCACCACGCGGCCACCCAGAGCCCAGCAUCUCCUGGAAGAGGAACAAUGUCAGAGUGAGCGACAAGGACGGCAGGAUUUCUAUGCGUGGUGGUAAGCUGAUGAUCUCUCACACUCGGAAGAGUGACGCUGGCAUGUACGUCUGUGUUGGUUCCAACAUGGUGGGCGAGAGGGACAGCGAUCCGGCCGAGUUGGUGGUCUUCGAGAGGCCAGUGUUCAUCCGCAGGCCGGUGAAUCAGAUCGUGCUGGCGGAGGAGACGGUGGACUUCAUGUGUGACGUCCAUGGAGAUCCUGCUCCCACCAUCCGCUGGCGCCGUGAAGGGGGAGAGCUUCCUCGUGCCAGAUUCGAGAUCCGCAGUGAUAACAGCCUCCGUCUGCUGAAGGUGCGAGAGGAGGAUGAGGGGACGUACUCGUGUGUGACAGAAAAUAGCGUGGGAAGAACUGAGGCUUCAGCCACGCUACAGGUCCACGUCCCACCACAGAUCGUCCUUCAGCCCAAGGACCAGGCUUCAGCUUUAGGACAGACUGUGACUUUUCAAUGCGGAACACGAGGCAACCCACCUCCUGCAGUUUUCUGGCAGAAGGAAGGCACGCAGAUGCUGCUGUUCCCUGGGCAGCCUCCCCCUCAGUCCGGGCGCUACUCGGUUUCUAUGAGCGGAGAGCUGAUCAUCACCGACGUUCAGAGUGAAGAUUCAGGCUAUUAUUUGUGUCAAGCUAUCAGCGUGGCAGGCAGUACCAUCUCUAAAGCUAUGCUGAAGGUGGACACUGGUUCCGGAGACAGGCUUCCUCCAGUCAUACAUCAAGGCCCUGCCAACCAGACUUUACCACAAGGCUCCGUUGCCCUUCUUCAUUGCCACGCAACAGGCAACCCACCCCCGAGUGUCAGGUGGGAGAAGGAUGGGCAGAGCAUCACGGCGGACAGCAUCCACAUCAGCCUGAUUGAAAACGGCACUUUACACAUCAGUAGCCUGCAGGAGACCGACUCUGGGAUGUAUACCUGCAUUGCCUCCAGUUCCAUGGGCCAGGCGAGCUGGAGCGGCACUGUCACUGUGAGAGACACCUCAACAUCAUCUCUGCUACGACUUUCUCAUGCACUCCAACUUCCUGGUCCUCCUCUGAAACCCGUCGUAACAGACGUGAGUCAGAACAGCGUCACGCUGACGUGGCAGCCCAACCAGCAUGAAGGAGGCACCGCCGUCACCUCCUACGUUAUCGAAGCUUUCAGCCAGUCAGUGGGGAGCACAUGGCAGACUGUAGCAGAUCAAGUGAAACAAGAGAGGCACACGGUGUCUGGUCUUUCCCAGAAUACUGUGUACCUGUUCAUCAUUCGUGCUGUGAACUCGUAUGGCCUGAGUGACCCGAGCCCAAUUUCCGAGCCUGUCCGAACACAGGAUGGCUAUCCCAGCAGUUCGGUGAUCGAUCCGAGGCGGGCGGAGGCGGAUUUAGCAGAGGUCACGGUGUAUCUGCGUCCUCCAGAGAUUCUGACUCCCACCAGCAUACGGAUCACAUGGACUGUCGAGCGUGAGCCCCACUACAUUCAUGGCUACAGGCUCCUGUACAGGCCAUCCGGCAGCACUUGGCUGGUUCAGGAUAUGAAGGCAGACUCAACCCACACUGCAGUGUUAUCAGAGUUACACAGUGGCACGGACUAUGAGCUCAAAAUGAGGCCUUACUUCAAAGAGUACCAGGGUUCAGACAGCGUGCCGGUAGUGUUUCGCACCCCAGAGGAGGACUUAACAGGCCCCCCACAGGCUGUCCAUGUGGUCCAGUUGGACAACAGCACCAUGUUGCGAGUGUCCUGGGAGCCUCCUCUCACCGUUGGUGGGGAUGAGCCCAUUUUGGAGUACAGGGUGUGGUGUUUUGGAAACGAGUCUGGGAUGCCACUGCAGUCGAACCAGAGCGUACCUGGAGAAGUUCUCAACGUGCUGCUGGACGGCCUGCAACCCGAGACGUUUUACAGCGUGCAGGUGGUUGCGGUGACCAGUGAGGGACCCGGAGAGCCCAGUCAACCAGUCUUCAUCUUCAUCACUGCGGUUGAGGAGCCCUCAUUGCCAGCGCUGAAUGAUGACAUUAGCAGUCUUUCUGAGCAGAUGUCUGCGGUGUUCAGACAGCCAGCCUUCAUAGCCUCACUGGGUUCAGCCUGCUGGAUGGUGCUGAUGGGCUUCAGUGCCUGGAUUUACUGCAGACACAGAAGGAGGAAAGAGCUCGGCCACUACGCCACGUCGUUCGCCUACACGCCCGCAGUUGGCCUCUCUCAAAGUGACAGAGCAGAAGUCAUCAAUAGAAGGCCAUGCUUGCUUGGGUCCACCAUGGCAAACUAUCCAUGGCUGGCUGAAUCCUGGCCAGCCAGCAACUUUAACAACAGCAGUAAGGACACAAUGAACUGCUGCACUGGCAGACACGACUCGACAGAAAGAUACUACAACACUGCAGGAACAGGCUUCCUGAAACCAAACAAUACUUACAGCCCACCAUCUAAUGAAGGCCCCAUCUACAGUACCAUUAACAGAGCUGAAGAGGAGCAGCAUGACCCCAAUAGCGUGUACUCUAAUGACCCAUACUCAAGGUCUUCAGUUCUGUCCAAGCCUGACGUGGACCAGUGGAGCUUACAGUCUGAAUCACACACGGCUGAAUACGCCGAACUCAAAUACCCGAGGAUGGGUACAGCUAACCUGGAAAUCCAGAAGUCCUGUGCUCCAGGUGCAUUUACCUGGUCGGAUGUUAUGUCUCUUCCACCUCAAAAAAACCGAGAACAGAGACAAAGAACAAGCUGUGAAAAUGAUGAGGACUGGUGUCCCCCUCUACCUGAUAGAACAUAUUUAAUGGAGGGAUUGGACAAUGCAGCCACGCUUCCCGUGAGAGGAGAUCGCUGUGGACGAGCGUCCUCUUACAGCCAGCAGUCCACGGCUACCCUCACUCCAUCUCCACAUAAGGAACAACGGCUAACUAAUCCACGCUGGCACCACCCUGACCUACUACCACGGAAUAAGGCACCAUGCACACCAGUGCCCAGCCCUAACCAGCUAACCAACCGGGAGUCCUACAGUGGCAGUACAAUGCCCCGUCUGAGAGACCAUGGAAGGGACGUCUGCCAUGUAGAGAGGCUACUGUCAGACAGCACUCAGCACCUAACAGUGGAGGUCACCUCAUUUCCACUUGAGGAAAGUAGUUCUUCCCCUAAUCAUCUAACCAGGUCCAAAAAGAAAUCAACCAGAGAUGGAUCUCGAAGAAAAGAAACUUUAAAACCAGAACUGCCGCCACCGCCGGAUCCCCCUCCAUCAGAAGACUCUCAGAAGCAACUGGCAGACACGUUUGAUUGCCGGACACAGCCACCCAGCCGAGAGAGGAGGGCAGAUUGGAGAUCUCAGAACCAAUGGUGCACAGAAGAUGAGGAUCCGGUCCAGUACAAGGUAAAUAUGCUGUCCAGUACUCACAUGCCGGGUCACUGUUCUUCUUCAGGACCGUCCACCUCCUCCUCCUCCCCUCGUUCUUCCACAGCUUCCCGCACCAGGAGGAGAAACGAGAACAUGAUGUGAAUGAAGAUGAGGAUCAGUUUCCCCUCAGCAUCCUGUUGUGGCAUCUUAUGUUCGAGUUCCACCUACAAUCAAUCAAUUAAUGUGUCUGAUGCCAUUAGAAACCAAGAGCCAUACGAGGCCUAAGUGAUUCUCAUCCAAAUCUUCAAAUAUUUAUUUAUUUAUUUAUUUAUUUAAUUUAUUAAAUUGUAAUGCCCUGCCUUUAUAAGUAUAUAUGUAUUUUGUAUGUAAGGAGAGCAGAUUUCAGCCAGAGUUUUUCGUCUCACAAAAUGUUUUGAAUGUAUUUUCGGAUCACACAUCCAGCUUGAUGUUUACGUUGAAUUUCAUGGUGUUUCUGUUGUACUAAACAAUAAUAAAUCCAGUAUUCUGAUUCCCAGUAUGUGACCGAUUUCAUAUGUCAUAUGGUAGAAUAGAAGAGCAGUCCACGAUCUAGCAUCCAUGCUAAAUAUGUAUCCACACUGCAAAAAAGAAAUAAAAAAUUAUUAACUUUAACUAAAAUAAUAAUUUUGUAAACACUUAAUGGAAGUUAGGACGAUAGAAUUAUGCAAAUUAAAUCACUACAGAUUAUGUCCUCUGAUGUAUUCAGAUUGUACUAUGAAAACCAAUAAAGCAAAAGGUCAUUUUUUA